UUCAUUCAUGGCCUUCCACGAUCGACACGACUCUGUUAUCUUCUUCUUCAGCUGAAGAAGAAAGGUUUGGGAAGCUACUGAGCAGAGCAGUGCUCCUCUGUGCGGUUACACGGAUGGAGACCGCUCUCUCGUGUGCUUCGACUCGAUUUAUUACUUCUUUGUAUCAUGAUAAGCCUGGCGCUAUUCGAAGAAGUUUUCGGAGUUCGUUUGGUGGCCGAUUUUUGUACAAGAACUCGAUUUUGACAAUACGCAGUAGGAAUGUCUCAAGGGGCCGCGGAAUUGUUUCUUCUGUGCUUGGAAGGAAAGUUAAAAAAGAGACCAUCAUUCCUGACCCCGACUACCGCAUCCCAAUUGUGCUUCUCGGGAUGGCUGGUGGUUUUGUUUAUGUAGAUAAUUUAGCAGCAGCAGUUCCCAUCGGCCUACUCGGCUUGCUCCUUUUAGUCCAGAGUACAAGAGUGAGAUUUGUCUUUGAUGGGGAGGCCUUGGAGGUAAAGAUUGGAAACGAGCUUGAAGAGUCAGGUGAAAAUGCUUUUGUAGGUGGGAAAAAUCGAUGGAAAUAUUCAACAUUUGUUAACUGGGAGCUCUGGUGGCCUUCAUUUCCAAUCUUAGUUUAUUUCAAGGAGAUUCAAACAAAACCUGAAGGACAAAUACACUUUUUCCCUGUGAUUUUCAAUGGUAAACAACUUUACGAUGUUAUGGUGGAAAGAUGUGGUGCUUCAAAAACUAGCGGACCAAAAUAGUUGAAUCGAAUAGUCGAUAUUGUUGUCCAAAUAUUUAUGUUUUCUUGUAUAGAUGUUGGAAUAUACGUGAAGUAAUGGUAAAUAGUCACAUGUAAUCCUCUAAAGCAGAGUCAUAUACCCCUUGAGAUUUGUUUCACAUCUUUUACCCUUUCUCAA